AUGCAACUUGCGAUAAUGCCGAAUAUCAGAACAAUAAUCGAAUCUUUCGUUUGCGGUGGUUCGAUACGGUACAACACAGUUAAACGAAAAACAUAUACCGAAAUGUAUACCGAAAUCAAGGAAUUAGUCAAUUUUUUGGCUUUUUGCAUGCAAAAUGCAAUUCCACGUCAACGAAUGUGUAUAUUUCUUGAAAAUUUAGCAAACAUUCUCGCUUAUAAAUCUGCGCAAAAUUGGAAAGUCGAUGAACCGAAAUUUGGUGAGCACGAACGGGAAUUAAGCAUCAAUGGUCCCAGAGGCAGUGAUCAAAUGUUCAUUAAUGUCGCAAAAAAUAUCGCUAUAAAUAUCGAUGAACUGCUCGCUGAUCUAGUUCUUUGCUGUAAUCCUGGUAGUGUUUAUUCGAAAAUGGGCAAUCAAAAAACACCAAUAUGGUGUGGCGAUUUAAAUGAAGAUGCGAAAUAUUCACCAGAAGCGACGAAUUUUGCACAACGUGGUUUAACCAAAAUGGUACAGAAGUUUGCUAGAAAACGAAUGCAAAGCAAAAAAAAAUCAUUUUGUCGAGAACAGCAUUUUCAUUCGCAAAUUGCCGAAAACAAUGCAAUUGACCCAAGAAUUCAGUUAAUUCUUAUACCAUCGAGCGAACUGGUACCACUCGAAAUUAUGGAACUAGGCAUUUUCAAUUUUCAUGAGAAAUCUUCGUUAGCGUUUCGUCUAGAAUCUGGCGAAAACCAAAAAUUUAUUGCUUUCUCAUUUGGUACAACACGCUUCGGUUCAUUUCGUACACGACUCGAUUUCGAUGCAAUAAUUCGAAUACAAAAAGCUGCUGCUAGUGUGGCAGUAUGGCGCUAUGCAUAUGAUGCAAAUCCAAAUCAAUUUGAUGGUUCUAAUGCGGAAAAUUUGUCGCAUGGAUUUUCUGUGCGUUAUCCUUUCUCCAACAUGUUCCACGAUUUUUCGCAGCAACAAGUUAGUAAACUUUAA